CUUUGAUUGACACUUUACUGCGAUCAAAAAUGUAACAAAGCGAGUGUGAGGGGAGUUUGCUAUCAAGUAUGGACUUUUCGGGGAAGUUAGGAAGUUUGCUGUUCUUCUUGGGGACGUUUCUGUCUGCGGCCGGGAUUGCUUGUGGGGCAUCUUUUUUUGGAGAGAGCUAUGUGCAUCUUAAGAUAGCAGAGACCUCUAGAAAGUCAUCAUUAAGUUUACAAUUUCAAACCUCAAGAUCAAGUGGACUACUCUUCCUUGUGGCAGGGGAAACAGAUUACUGGUUGGUGGAGCUCCAGGCUGGCCGUGUACAGGUAAAAUUGGAGUUUGGUUCUGGUGAAAAGAUUCUUCGCUCUGAAAGAGGAGUGGAGCUGAAUGAUUUGGCAUUGCACACGUUGGAACUCCACCACAAAGCUGAUAAUGUGACCCUGACAGUGGACAAUCACUACACAACUAGUGUGAACAUACCAGGACUCCUUCAUGAACUUAACAUUCAACAUGGCAUUUUUGUAGGAGGUACUGGUGAGUUUGACAAACCUUACAUGGAAGGAGCUGCAAAUAAAUUCCGCGGAUGCAUUGAGGAGGUGGUCUUCAACCAACAUGACAUCUUGUCUUCUUUGAGAACGUAUUCUGGCUUUAAAACUGUUCAUGAGGUUUCAGCAGGCUGCAGUGAUGAAUUUUUUGCCGAAGACAGUGAUCCUAUCAGUUUAUUUAGUUCCAAAUCUUAUCUUAAAUUUACUACAUGGAAUGCACAAGAGGAAGCAGUGUUUGAAUGCGCUGUAAGCACUACUGAAUCAUUAGGUUUGCUGCUUUAUAAUGCUGGUCAACAAGGUGAUUUUAUCACAAUGGAGAUUGCAGAAGGAUUGAUUCGAGUGGUCAUUGGGAAAUAUGGAAAGACAACACACCUCACUUCCCGAAGUAAAGUUAAUGACAAUAUUUGGCAUUAUAUUAGGCUGCAGGUUGCAUCUAAACAUCUUCAUCUUACUGUGGAUGAGGAAACUGUAAAGGCUACUCUGAGUUCUCGUAGCAAAAAUCUUAAGUUGUCGGGUCCACUGUUUAUUGGCGGCAUAGAUGAAAGCAACCGAGUUGAGGUCUUGAAGAUUGGUCUUCAGUCCCUUGCAGGAAGAAAAGCAAGAGGAGGAUCCUUCAGGGGUUGCCUAAAGGAUAUCAAAACAAAAUUGGAAACAAAAAGCUUAAAAAAUGUGCUUGCCACAAAAGAUAUUUCAGCUGGGUGUGCAGCAGUGAAAGAACAUACUUCAACUAUUAAAACAACUGCAGCUCAAAUGGUAGUUAUUCCAACAACUUCUACUCUGCAGAAGAUGCUUAAAUCCACAGCAAAGCCACAGACUAAGAAAUUCCUGAUUCUGAACAAUCUAGUAGUUGCAGAAGGAGGGCAGGAAGCUCUAAAGUCUAAACACAUAAAGUUGAACCUCGAGUUCAAGAAAUUAGGUCUACGACAGUCACAAAUAGUAUUUAAGAUAGCAGAGCAGCCAAAGCAUGGAAAUCUGAAAUUGGACAAUGAUUCAGAGCAGGAUCAGAAUUCUUUCACGUUGUCCGACCUCUGGCAUGAAAAAGUAUUUUAUGUUCAUGAUGGAUCUGAACAUUUCCAUGAUCAGUUCUCAUUUUCUGUUUUUGCAAACAGUAAGAAGGAGGCCCCAAAGUACUUGAAAGGAGACAAGCUGUAUCUUUUUAACAUUACCAUUACUCCAACCAAUGAUGCUCCAGAGAUUGUUCUUCCAGAAGGUAAUUUAUUCACUUUGCUAGAGAAUUCCAAAAAAUGUCUUACCAGCAAUGUGAUUAAGGCCAUUGACAUUGACACAAAUUCAACAGAACUUCAGUUCUCCAUUUUAGGCAACCUUAAUGAAAAUGCCGGAUUUUUGGAAAAUGCUGUGAAUCCUGGUACUCCAAUAAGCACGUUCUCCAACACUGAUCUGGAAGAAGGAAACAUAUAUUAUGUUCACAGAGGUGUUCACACCUCAAGGGUUGUGUUGCGUGCCAGUGAUGGUGAUAGAGUGAGCAACACUGUCGUUUUACGUGUGAUGGCCGUACCUGUGGACUAUAAAGUGGUUAAUAAUACGGGCCUGGUAGUGGAACAGAGCGAUGCAUCUUUAAUCACUAACUACAAUUUGUCAGUUGAAACCAAUGCAGUUAAUCAGGUAGUAGAAAUACGUUAUAACAUUGCUAAAGCUCCAACAUAUGGUGAAAUUCAACGACUGCAUUCCAGUGGAGAAUGGAAGCAAAUCAGUUCUUUUUCUCAGCGAUCAGUGGACCGGGGCCGGAUACGAUACUUUGGCACUUUCCAUAAACUUCAGACCAGCAAUGUUACUGAAAUGUUCAAAUUUAAAGUUAAUAUAGGAAGCAAAACUAGUGAGGAGCUAGAUUUUCCUGUUACAGUGAAGUGGGUUCAUUUCAAGCUCCUAAAAAAUAUUCCAUUAGUGAUCAAUAAAGGGAAGAAACAAGCUCUCACCUCUGAGAAUCUCCAUGCUGUUAUAGAAGGUGCAAGAAUCCCUGAAAGUGGGCUAUACUACAGGUUGGUCACUAUACCUGAAAGAGGACAACUUCUGAUGAAUAGCAAGACCUUAACACAGAAUUCUUCUUUCAGUCAGAAAGAUAUAUCUGCUCAGAAGGUGGAAUAUGAACCAAUUGUAAAGCUGCAUGAAGACAAAGAAGACUUCUUCAGCUUUCGGCUUUACUCCAAGCAAGUCGUAUCAGCAAAGCAUAAUUUUCACUUAUUUAUUAAAGCUGAUGUUAAUUCCAUUAACUUAACAAAUAAUGGGCUCACAUUAGUGGAGGGAGAAGCAGAGCUAAUAACAAGGGCAGAAUUAUAUGCAACAACUUUGAACACUAAAAAGUUCUUGUACACUAUUGUACAGAGUCCCAGAUCUGGCAAAUUGAAGCGUAUCAAUCGCUCUGAUUCAGCUGAUAGUAAUGACAACAUUACAACCUUUACUAAUGAAGAUAUUAUUGGACAUCGCCUCAUGUAUGUGCAUGACAAUUCUGAGACUACACAUGAUGAGUUUGUAUUUAUAGCCACUGGUGGAGAGGCUGCAGACAAUUCAGAAACCAACCCAAACCCUGUGUUUGUUGAAGCGACAUUCAGCAUAACUAUUCAGCUAAAAAAUGAUGAGAAGCCCAUUCGUGUUGUAGACAGAGUGUUUCAUGUGGUUAGGAAUGAUCAACGGCUGUUAACCUCUGAAGAUCUACGCUACCAUGAUCCUGAUUCGGACUUCAAUGAUGCACAGUUGUUGUACACCCGGCGUGGUAUUCCAAAUGGUGAUCUAGUUUCAGUAAAUGACUCCUCCAAAAAACUUUUCCAAUUCUCUCAAGAAGACCUUGAUAAGAAGCGUGUUCUGUUCAUGCAUCGCGGUGCUGACAGUAGCAGGUUUGUCUUGUUUGUUACUGAUGGCAAACACUACACAUCUUCAUUACUGGAAGUCAGAGCCUCUGAUCCUUACAUUCAAAUAGCCAACAACACAGGACUUCUGGUGCAGAAGGGACAGGGAGAGUCUGUAACUACAGCUAUUUUCAGUGUUAGUACAAAUCUUUACAUCACAGAUGAAAGUGAAAUUAAUUAUAGAGUGUUUCUGUCACCAAAACAUGGAACACUCUUUUUGAAUGGUAUACGCACAGAUUCUUUCACACAGAGUGAUUUGAGGAAGGGUAGUGUAGUGUACCAACAUGACAACAGCAACAACCUUGUAGACAGGUUCAACUUCACAGUAAAAGCCAAGAAUGUACUGCUGGAUGGAGGUAUUAAUGUCCGUAUGUACCUGGAGAGCCAUCAGCGUGCUCCAAAAAUUGUGCACAACAACAAUUUGUUGGUUGAGGAGGGAAAACCUGUGAAGAUCAGCAAAACCAAUCUUCAGGUAGUUCAUGAAGAUAAUCUGCCAUCUGAAAUAAUUUACAAAGUGAAAAUUGCACCUGCUCAUGGCUACAUUCGAAGCUUUACGGAAACAGAAGGGUUUUAUGUUGGUACAGAACAUAAGCCUAUCCAGUACUUUACCCAACAAGACUUAAAUGAUGGUAGUAUCCAAUAUGUGCAAGUGAGAGAAAAUCAGACAAAGGACAGUUUUACCGUGGACAUUACGAAUGGAAUAGUGGAAUUGUCAGAAAUUCCUGUCUUGAUUGAUAUUAUUCCAAGGCUGAUUCCUGUGGAAGUACAUAACUUUACAAUCAAGGAAGGUGCAUCCAAGGCACUGACAGAAGAUUUUAUAAAAAUCACAAGUCCACAUUUUGCAGAGCUUAAUUUUGAAUAUAUAAUAAUAAAAAUGCCAAACCAUGGUCAUAUAGAGAACUCUCAUUUUCCUGGUCAUCCUCUUUUGUCAUUUACUAGACAUCAGGUUGAGGAAGAGUUUAUUUACUAUGUUCAUGAUGACAGCGAGAGUCUUCAGGAUAACUUCUCCAUAAUGAUCAAUGAUACCCAACUGAGAAAACAAAGUUUGCUUUGGACAAUUUUUAUUAACAUUACAUCUGUGAAUGAUGAACCCCCCAUCAUCAUUACUAAAAAAGAAUUUAAAGUAUGGGUUGGCUCAGUUACAGAGAUAACAAAAAAUGAUCUGAAUGCAGAAGAUAAAGACUCGUCCCCAGAAGAACUAGUCUAUUCUGUCACUCCUCCUAGCAAUGGCCACCUUGCUCUAAAGAUGUCACCAAAUAAGCGCAUCCUCAACUUUACCCAAUUUCAUAUCGAUAAUGGCCAACUUGUCUUUGUUCAUAGUGGAGCCAUGUCAGGUGGAUUUAAUUUUCAGGUUACGGAUGGAUUGAACUUUGCUCCUCGACAAAUCUUCACCAUCACAGCAGCAGCAUUAGUGAUAAAUAUGGCAACAAAUAAUGGUUUACAAGUCUUUCCAGGGACACUUAAACGUAUUAAUUCCAAACAUUUAAAAGCUGUAACCAAUGAUGAAAACAUUGAAAAUCGUCCCAUAAUAUACACUCUGGUUGACCUUCCAAAGCUUGGUAGAGUGGUAAAAGUUGAGAUGGACAAUGUAACACAAGAAGUGGCUAACUUCACCCAAAGCAUGGUGGAUGAGAGUGUCAUUGCCUAUGAGCAUACACACACUGAGGAUGUAGGUUGGAGUGCUGAAGACUCGUUUCAAUUUAUAGUGUAUUCCUCGCCAGCCUCAUUGGAACCUCAGCAGUUUCACAUCACCAUCACAUAUGAUAUUGCUGGACGAUCCAGUUGUCUUCUUGCAAAUGCAGGUGCUGUUGUUACAGAAGGUGAAAAGGUAUUAAUUGACAAAUUCAAGCUGGAUGCUUCAAACCUAAUGGUCAAACUUCCAGAAUCUAAGCGCUCACUGUAUGAAGUAUGGUAUCAAGUGAUAACUUUGCCCGUCCAUGGUGUGAUUAUUGUUGGUGAACGCAACAUUACCAAGCAGAAACCCUAUUUUUCUCAGUUUAUUGUGAAUAAGUAUGGGAUAGCCUAUCUACAUGAUGAUUCAGAAAGCCUUAACGAUAACUUUACCUUUGCUGCGUGGUUAAACUUAAAGAGCAAAGUUGCAUCAAGACCUUUGAAUGACAGUGAAGUGGUAGAAGAGAUGUUCAAUAUUACCAUUACUCCAAUUAAUGAUCAACUACCAGAGCUGAAAACCAAAGCCCCCAGUUUGAAGGUCAUGCAGGGCUACAAUGCUGCAAUUAAUUCGGACCAUAUAAAUGUUGUAGAUCUAGAUAACACUCCAGAAGAAAUCAAAUACACCAUUAUCAGUGGACCCAAUAAUGGCUAUGUGGCAACAGCAAAGAAUUUGAAUAUGUCAAUCACAUACUUCACUCAGGCUGAUAUCAACAGUGGCCAAAUUUGGUUUGUUCAAGAUGGAAGCUCAUCAUCUGGGGUUUUUUACUUCAGUGUCACUGAUGGUAAACACCGACCUGUAUACAAAUUGUUUAAUCUUGAGGUUAUACCUAUCAUCAUAACGCUUAUAAACAACACUCAAUUAGAAAUUCAGCAGGGGCAAGUUAUUUCUACCUUGACCAAUGAACACUUGGCUGCAGAGACUAAUGGGAAAGUUACUAUGAUACUUUAUGAAGUUACUAGGCCUCCACAGUUUGGACAUAUUUUGCUUGGUAACAAAAGUGUGACCUCAUUUGAACAGGACGACCUUGUAAAGGGACACUUGGUUUAUCUUAUGACCAAUCUCUCUGCAUCACAGGAUAAUUUUGAGUUUAUGGUAAUGACUUCUGAGGGUAAUGUGACUGAGCAACUAGUUAACAUUAUUGUACGGCCUUUACUGAAAAUGGCAGAAGACUUUAAGAUACCAUCUGGAACUACUUGUCAGGUUGGAACAGAUGUGCUUGAUGCAAGCAGAUUGGCCAGCCAGACUGGAAGUGUUCCCAGGUUUGAAGUAAAACAAUUGCCUACCUAUGGUAGAUUUGUAAGACCAAGCCACAUGGUCAGAGGUCGCAGAGAAGCUGCAAGCAUAUUUACUCAGAAAGACAUUGAACUAGGUCUUAUUCUGCUUGAGGUUGAAGCCAAUAUGACAGGAAUGGACUAUUUGAAUGACUCAUUUGCAUUUGUUUUGACAGCAAAAAAUGUCCAACCGGCUGAGGGUGUCUUUCUGUACAGCAUUAUUCCUUUUAAUGGUUCUAUAAUACCAAACAACACAUUAAAUGAAAACCCACCACUUCUCAAUUCACUUACGUCAGAUGCAGCAACUUCAGGAAGUUUAUCACUCGAAACUCAAACAGAUGUUCCCACUCUAAAACCUACUUCAGCUGUGCAGUGGUGGCGAAACAAAUCACGCUGGGAAAAUGGAAAAAAUAAUACCUCUGCCUCUGUACCGGAUGUGUCAAUGGGAGGCUUUGUGCAACAGACCACUAUAGAACCAGUUGGUAGAAAGCCUCUUGCUCAACCCAUUCAGAAUUUCAGCUCUCUGCAUAUAAUUCUGCCCAUCACUUUUCUAGCACUUUUGAUCAUCAGUAUCUUUAUUGUAAUUUUGAUAAAAAAGAAGAAACCAAAGCACAAACCUUUAAUAACUAAUUGUCCCAAUAACGGUGGAACAAAUACUACAGGUUUACAUCCGGUAGAGAGAAGCCCAACAGUUCCAGUUGUUACUGUCACCCGCCUUAAUAUACGUAGUCCCUCAUCAACAGAAAGACGGAACCAAACUUUCUCAGCAGCCACCAAGUCAAACGAAACCUCAACUCUGCUCUAUAACUGUAAACAAAUUGAUGCAGAAAUGAUGCAGCAUUGUCGUACAACCAAUCCAACCUUAAGGCACAAUCAAUACUGGGUUUGACAAGCAACAAAUUUCUUUCUAAUAGUAAACAUUGCAAAGCAAACUUCAUUCUGCUGGAAUCUCAAUUCAGUGUUCAUUUUUACAAAAAAUGCUCAGAACCUUAAAACGAUAACAGAGCAUCUUUGCAACGUAUGUAGUAAAGUGAGGUUUGAAAACUAUUUUUAAAAACCAACUAGAUGUGAU